AUGCGGGACGACUCGGGGCUCGCGCAGACCGCGAAGGACCUUCUGGCCGGAACGGUAGGCGGUGUCGCGCAAGUGCUCGUGGGCCAGCCUUUUGAUAUCGUCAAAGUGAGGAUGCAGACUGCUCAGGCGGGGACGUACACUGGGAUGGGAGACUGUGCGAGGAGGAUCUUGGUCAAUGAGAGCCCGUUCGCAUUCUACAAGGGCACCCUCACUCCCCUGCUCGGCAUCGGUGUCUGUGUAUCGAUCCAAUUCGCUGCCUUGCAGUCUGUCAAGCGUUUCUUCACCCAGCAAAACCUGCGCUCAGGCCGCGGGGGCAAGACGGGAGAAGAACUCGCCGCCGGGCAACUGUUUGUCGCCGGUGCCUGGGCGGGGUUGGCGAACGGGAUCGUGAGCGGGCCGGUGGAGCAUAUCAGGAUUCGAUUGCAGACCCAGCCCGCGAGCGCACCGUUGUACAAAGGUCCAUGGGGGGCGAUCACGAGCAUAUACGGACAGCACGGCAUUUCCGGUAUCUUCAAGGGCCAAGUUCCGACGUUCCUGCGUGAGGGACUCGGAUACGGAGCGUACUUCUGGUGCUAUGAGACGCUCAUGCAACGGGAGAUGAGAAAGAGGGGAUGUAAGAGGGAGGAAGUGCCGGCGCUGUGGGCGGUCGGGUUUGGUGCCGCCGCCGGUUAUGCUUUGUGGUUCACCAUCUACCCCAUCGAUGUGAUCAAGUCCCGUAUCCAGACGGACGGCUUCACUCCCUCAACACGGCAAUAUUCUGGGACGCUAGAUUGUGCACGCAAGCUCUGGCGCGGGGAAGGAAUAGCUGGCUUCACACGUGGACUGGGACCUACACUGUUGAGGAGCCCGUUCGCGAAUGGGGCGACGUUCAUCGCUUUUGAGCUGGCGUAUCGGGCGUUGAGCUGA